UCAGGACUCCAGACAGGGGGAGAAAAUAAGGUGAAAAAAGCUUGUGUGUCAAGAUAAAGGCAGGGAGAUUGCUUACCAAUUGCUGUCAUGGGCAAAACAAAGUUGACUUGAGGAAAAUUAAUUAAAUUUGUUGCCAAUUAAAAUGGAAUUGGAUGGUGAGAAACAAAGACAAAACCUAAAACACCACCAUCCCCUUUAUCUCAGGUUCAACUUCAUUCCCAACUCUUCUACCUUGUCCCUCUUCCCCCUUCCCCUCUAGCACUGGUAAGCAUAGAGGGAUGGGGAGUGGGGUGUUGCAGUCAGCUCAUAACAGUUCUCUGCCACUCCUUCCUCCUCACACUUGUCCCUGCUCCAGUGUAGGUCCUCUCCAUGAGUCUGCAGUUCCUUCAGGGAACAGACACUUCCUUCACCAUCAUCCUGUGCAUGGGCUGAAAGGAAAUCUGUGCUUAUACCAUGGGCUCUUACAUCGCCUCUUACUCGCUCCACUAUGGUGUCUUCCAAACCUUCUGUGGGUUGCAGGGAAAUCCCUGCCCUGGUAGCUGGAGCACAUCUUCCCAGUCUUUCUUCUUUGACCCUGGUGUUCAUUCACAGGGUUGUUUCUCACACCUUUUUUUCCUCAGUCCUCAAUGCUGUGUUUGCACUGUCUGAAUUAUAUUUUCCCAGAGGCAUAAUCAGUUUCAUUGAUGGGCUCAGCUGUGUCCUGUAGCAGGUCUGCUGUAGAGAUGGCUGGAACUGGCUGUGUCCAGCACAGGGCAGCCCCAUGCCUGUCCUUACAGAGGCCACCCCUGCAGCUUCGCCACAGCUGCCAAAACCUUGCUACACUCAAGCAGAUCGUAUUUGCCAAAAUUCAACUGGGUUUGAAGAAUACUUUAAGUACUAAAAAAGAAAAGUCUCUGUUACCAUUCCAUACGGCAUUUGCUUGGGGUCUUUACUUUGGCUCUUAAUGUUUAAGAGAAUUCUUACUAUGCCAGAUUUUUAAACUAAAUCCUCUGUACUUUGUUGCUUCUGUACUUCUCUUGCAAAUAGUGGUGUAGGUUUAUUGUCUGAUAUGUUAUGUACAUUUGUGGUUAUAUUUAUGUCUGCCCUGUAUCUUCCUUAUAUAGUUGGUCACGAGGCUGAUUUUGGUAACAUAUGCAGAGUAUUUAAAAUACAUUUUUGAAGAUAUUGUGGCAGCGCAGCUUAUAAUGAGCAUCCCUGUCUUCAUUUUUUUGAAAUACUUAAAGGAAUGAUGUUUUCUCUGAUGACAUGAAUUCACCAGUUUUAAGCAAAAACAGAAAAAUAGAAUCCUGACUCAUGCUUUAAGUAUAAUUCAUUUGACUGCUCUAUUUUCUUUAUAGAAAAGGUGAUGCAAUUUUUAUUUGACAUUCGAAACUAUUGAGGACUAAAAUCUUCACAGUAAAUACUGAAUUGUUUCUUGACAGGAAAAUCCAGUGCAUCUGUGCAUGUUAAUUUAAGUAACUGUAUAACUUGACAUCCCUUUAAAAAUAAUAAUAAUAAUAAUGAUUUUUAUUAUUAUUAUUUUGGAAAAUUAUUGACAACAAAACUGUUUGACUAAUUUUUUAUUUUAAACUUUGUUUCAAAAUCGUUUUUUGUAGAGUUAAGUACAUUUGACAUUUAAAAUCUACUGAACAAAAGCAGAACUAUGUAGAAGAAAGAAAUCGAGCUAUUUCUGGUUAUUACACAGCGUAAAAUUUUCAAGGUAUAUAUAGUCUUACUUUCUCAACUCCAGUUUAUAUAUUGAAAUAGAAAACAAAAUUUUUCUUACUCUUCAAGUUCCAUUCAGUUUUAUCACCUAUAUCAGUUUGCUGUAAAUAUGACUGAGUCAAAUAACCCGAUGUGAAAAAAUGUUUUCUCUUUCUCUGUAGCUGCAGAUGAGGCCAAUGCUAUGUAAAGUUACAAAUUCUGUUUUUGGGUGCUUGGAAACCUAAUUCUAAGUGUUCAGUUUAAAAAAUAUUUUUGCAAUAGCAGAUAAAUAAUGUUUUCUUUUUUUAAUGGCAGGUAUUGGAAUAUACAAUUUAAUUUGAAAUUACACAUUUUUCAGAAGAAUACUUACAGAGAUGUGUCUUCCUUUGGAACUUUUUUUUUUUUUUUUUUGUGCAUGCAUAGGUCAAAGAUUACUGGGAAGUUCAGCACCUGUCAGUAUUCCAGGUUCUUUUGCUCGUUCCUCAUCUUUACACUCAUCAUCAUCCCUUUCAACCUCUCCACUCAGUUCUCUUUCACAAUCGCUGUCUCAGUCUUUUGUUUCAUCCACUAUGGUUCCUCACCAACAGCAGCCCCAACCCUUGAAGUCAGAACACAGUAUGUUGGGCACCUCAGCCUCUUCUCACAACUCUUUAGGUUUAAAUGGUGUUACAGGGAGCAUUUGGGACUUUGUGGCUGGGAGUUUCUCUCCUAGUCCAUCCCCAGUAUUAAGCAUUGACACUACUCUCUCAAUAAGUUCAAACACAAGUGGGAACGAACUAACUCGAAUUAGACAGGAACUUGAUGAUGCCAAGAGAAAACUAAAACAAUGGGAAGAAUCUUGGCAACAAGUAAAACAGGCAUGUGAUGCAUGGCAAAAAGAGGCUCAAGAAGCAAAAGAACGUGCUGAUGUUGCAGCUGCUGACAAGCAACUUGCUCUUCAGAAGAAGGAAGAAGUGGAAAAUAAAUUAAAAAAGCUGAAGGUGCAGUUAGCUGCCUGCCUAUCUACUACAUUACCUUACAUAAAAAACUCUGGAGACAUAGAAAAGAUAUCCUUGCCAAUGCUUCGUUCCUUACAAAGUCGUCUGCACCUAGAUUUAGGAACAAUAGAUGAGGUGAUUUUUCAGCUUCAGUCAAAGAAGUGUAUAGUAUGUCGAGAAGGUGAUCGUAGCAUUAUCCUGAAUCCAUGUCAACAUUACAUACUUUGUGACCACUGUGCAGCUAGACAAGAAGAAUGUCCCUGUUGCAAGAAAUCAAAAAAUCCACGGUGUGACACUAGUACAGCUUACAUUGAAAUGACCUACUACUGUGUUACAUGAUUUGUAUCUCUGUAUUAUUGUAUUCAGUAUAGGAAUUGAAUUCAUAAGCAGUAAAGAGUUUAUCUAUUUAAAGUUAAUUCAUGCUGAAACAAACAAAAACCAACAAGUUGUAUACUAAAAUUAUUGUUCUUGAAAUAGAUAAAGCUUUUUGAAUUCUGUCAGUAUUAAAUAUAGGACCCGAGCCAAAGGUAUUUAAAUUAUUGUAUCCUCACUGGGUUUUGUGGUCUUUGUAUGAAGGCUUGAGUUAGCAAAAAAUAAUCGUUAAAUGUUUCUGUGAUAACUAAAUGUACAGACUCAUUGCUGCUUUCCUAAGACAUGCCAGCCUGCAAGAACGUUA